AUGGCAUCCAAAUCCAAAUCAAAGCAAGAGGAAGCUCUUCAAUUCCUUGACGAUCUCGACUCUUUUGCUCCUCCUCCAGAGGGAAAGAAUGAUUCCACAAACCAAGUAGCAGCAACAACCAACAACGAAGGUGAAGCUGCUGAGGUUCUCGCUUUCCUCGAUGAAAUCACCCAGAAGAGCUCCGAGACCACUCGUCCCACCAACGUACACAUAUCGCGGUCGGGCACGCCAACGCUCAGGAAGAGUACUGAACGUGUUCGACUGGGUGGUGGCCCGUCUUUGCUGCAUUCUGCCUCUUCGUCAACAACCUCUCUGAACAGGGUUGCCAGCAGUGAUGGCGGGAAGGCCAAAGAGAAGGAGAAGCCCGACAUGCAGUCUUCUGCAUCUUGGGGAUGGGGCUCUGUAUGGUCGACGGCAUCGGCUGCCAUUCAACAAGCAAAGUCGGCUGUUGACGAGCAGGUGAAGCACCUUCCGAAGAACGAGCAAGCUCGAAAGUGGGGGGAAGGCGUCAUCGAGUACGCAAAGUCCGCUCAAUUGGAUAAGAUAGGCCAAGACUUCAAGCGCGUUGGCCUCUCCACGUUAACUGAUAUUUUGAACGUCGUCGCACCUCCCAUCUCCGAACAUGAGGUGAUUCAGAUCUGGUUGAGCCAUGACAUGCAAGGCUAUGAUGGCGUUGAGUCUCUUGUAUAUCGCGCUCUGGCUCGUAUUAUGGAACAGGUUGAAGGCGGUGAUCUCAUCGUCAACCGAGGGCAUGAGUCGCGGCCAAAGGAGGGUACGGCCACUGAUGGUCGUGAUCUCAACACGGUCGAGGGUUAUGUCGCUGCCCUGAAGCUGGCACAGGCAAACAUCGAAGAUGUUGUCAAGAAUAACGUAAAGGCCACCGAAGCUAAACCGGCGACAUCUUCGUCGCCCACGACCUACUCCCACGUAUAUCUACGCAUUCAGCCCUUUUUGAAUACCUAUUCUCAGCCAACCUCGUCAUCAUCCCCUGAACUAGCUUCAGAAGCCCCCCAGCAGCUUCAGUUCCUGGUUUACCUGUUUGACCCUGAGCACAAGUUGACGCAUACCAGCGUCACACAAGCUGUGCCAGCUUCAUGGCUCCCAAUAUGGGAUGAAUAUGAUUGGGUCGAAGAUCUCGUCGCGGAAUCGUUGCGAGUUGGUGUGGAGGUGAUUGGCCAGGAAUAUGUUGUCGCACGAAUGGGUUGGGGUGCAAAGGCAAACGGGCAAAGCGGAGUUGCAGAGGGCGAAGUAUCGACUGAAUUAGGAGACAAGGACGCAAAGGCGGAGGAUUCCUGA